AUGACAUGUAUUACUAAUGAGUGGUUAAAUCAGGAAAAAAAUGAAUGUUUAUUAGCAAUAAAAAGAGGAGAUGGAAUGGAAAGUUUUGUUCAUCUGACAAACAUAAUUCAAGCAAGUGAUACUAAUUAUUCAUUAAAUUAUUAUAAUACAUUAUCAUCAAUAAAUGACAAAACAAAUAGUAACAUUCAAUUACAAAUUAAGUGGCUAAGAAAAUUUUUUAUACAAGAGAUAAUUAAAUUAAUUGAAAAGUCAUCAUCGGAAAAUCAACGAUCAUUUUUGUUAUCAAUUAAAAUAUUAAUUAUUUUGUUAAAAAAUACAUCAACAAGUGAAGAUUCAAUCUCACUAAUUCAUUUAUGGGAAAGUAUUAUUCAAUGUUUUAAAGUAAGAAAAAAUUCUGAAUUUCUCAUACUUGUAGCAAAUUCACUUUCAGAACUUUAUAAAUUAUCAAUUGGAAUACCAGGAAUUGACAGUGUUAUGCUUAAUGUAUCAUUUGAAUCAAUGAUAACAAUGACAAGUUCACAAGAAAGGUCAGCAUCUGUACAAUUUUUUAGAGUAAUUUCAAGAUAUAAUAGAAAACAAUUUACAAAUGCACUAGCAAUAGCAAUGAUAAUUAUUGAACCGAUAAUAAAAAAUACAAUAAUAGAACCAAUUUAUUUAAAAGAAUAUAUGAAUGGAAUUAUUGAAGUAUUAAAUAAUAUUGAAAUAUAUGGAAAAGAAUAUAAUUUUAAAGGAAUAGAUGUUGAUGGUGUUGUUUUAUUUUUUAUAGAAUUAUUAAAAGAAACACCAAAUAUAUAUACGACAUUUAAUUAUUCAUUAUUAAUACUAAUUGUUUCAUUUAUUGGAUUUGGAAUAGUUCAAUCAAAAACAGAUUCAUUAGAAUUAUUAACGUCAUAUAUUUUAAUUGAAGUUGAUGAUAGAAAUAAACAAAUAGAUAAUUAUUUAGAAAAUAUUAUUCAAAACAUUAUUAAACGAUUUUCCUUUUCUUCAUCAAAUCAAAUUACAAUUAAUGCAUUGAUUAAAUUAAUUUCUUCUUUAAUAAAAACACGUUGUAAUAUUUAUAUUCAUUUAGUAAAUAAUAAUAUAAUGGAAGAAUUUUAUUCAUACAUUUAUUUAAAUAUUAAUUCUGAUAUUAGAAAACCUGAAGAAUUACAUUUUCUUUCUUGUCUUAUUUGUGCAGGACAUAUAGAAAAAGAAAAAUUAUGGUUUGAAAAUGAAUUAAAAAAAUGGGGAGGAAUUGAAUUUCUUGUUUCAUUAUUUAUUAUUGAAUCACAAAAUAAUAAAAAUUCACAAAACGCUUUUAUUUCAUUAGGAGAAUCAAUUAAUUAUUUAAUUGAAAGUAAUAUAAAUAAUAUUCUAUUAUUAAAGAAAGUAAUAUAUUCAUUUCUUUCAUUUCCAAUGACUUUAAAUUCAAGAAUUAAAUGUAGUUAUCUUAAAGAAUGUACUAAAAUUAAAUGGAAACAAUGUAUUAUUUUUGAUAAUUAUCAUAGAUUAUUACCUACCUUACCUUUACAUUUAAUGUUAGAAAGAGUUCUUUCUAGUUUUAUUAUUGAUCCUGAUGAAUUAGUAAGAAAAAUUGCCUAUGAAACAUUUACAGAAGUAAAUGUUACUAUUUUAAAUAUUUCUAUUAAUGAAUUUCUUCUUAAAUUAUUUUCUCAAACAAUUCUUCAAAUUCAUCCUUUAUUUCGUUUAACUUCAAUUCAAACAUUUGCUAUUUUAUUAAAAAAAAUAACUCAUACUCCAGUUAUUCCAUUUGUAUUAUCAAGAUUACCAAAUCCAUUAGAAAAUAUUUCAGAAAGGUUAUUAAGAAUUACGUUAGAUGAUGGACUAAAUUUAUUAAAUGCAUCACUAAGUAUGUAUGGUAAAAUUGGAAAUCUUUCUAUUGUAAAUGGACUAAUUUCUUUUUGUGAAAUUGUUCAAUGUAUUACAAGAAGUCAACAAAAAGUUAUUUCUUCUUCAAGAAUUAAAUGUUAUUUAUUUGUUAAAAAUUUACUUCGUUGUAUUAUUGAAGUUCUUGGAAUUCAAAUGAACUCAACCCAAUUGGCUGUUCAAAAAAAGCAUUUAGAAGAAAUAAAAUCCCCACUUUUAAAUUCAUUAAUAAAUUAUCUUGUUUCAAUUGAAUUACGUUCUGGUAAUUUAGAAUCACCAAUAAUAAUAUUAACCCAAAAAAUAAUACUUUCACUUGCAUCUAUUGUUCGUUCUAUUGGGCUAAAUGGAUGGGAAGUAAUAGAAUUAUGCAAUUAUUUAAGAAUAUUACAUGAUGUAUGUCCAUUAGAAAUAAUAUUAUUAUUAAGAGAAAUAUUACAAAGUCAAUUAACAAUUUAUUCAGUUAACUUUAAUUUAUUUCAAUCAAUUUCUCCUUUAUUUAUGCAAUGGGAUUAUUGGAUAUUACCAGAAACUAAAAUUGAAUUUGUUGGUGAAAGAAGAGCUUGGGCAGAAAUUAAUGAUACGUCUAUAUUAUUAAUUGAAGAACUUGUUAAUAAUGAAUCAAUUGAUUAUAACCUUCGAUGUAGUAUAUUAAAUUAUGGAUACUUAUUUGUUAGAAUUGGGAAUUCUAUUGGAGCACCAGUAAUUGGAGAAAGUAUUAGAUUAACUUUAACUACAGGGAAUACAGAUUAUGAAAUAUUAUAUCACAAUUUACAAAAACAAUUACAAUUUGAUAAUUCUCAUCUUGAUAAUAUUUCUACUUUAUUUCCUAAUAUUUAUUUUCCUUCUUUUGUAUUACUUCCUCCUUUAAAUCAAUCAUUAAAUUAUAAUAUUUUAAUUAAAGAAUUAACGACAUUAAAAUUUAUGAUUAUUAAUAAACCUUUAAAUCCUCAAUUUCAUCUUCAAACGUUAUUACAAAUUACUCAUCAUUGUAUUGUUUUACAUUCUAUUGUAUUAAACAAAUCAACUAUUAAAAUAAUUUCUAAAUUAUCUCAAAUACUUAAUGAUAAAUUAAUUCAAAAAAUUUUAUCUUCAAAUCAAAGUAUUUUAAUUGGUGCUCAAAUAGGUUAUCGUCAAAUAUUAACACUCAUUGAAUCUAAUAAAUCUAUUGCAAAUAAAAAUUCUUUUAUUAAAGAAAUUCAGAGUCAUGUUGAUUUAUUAACUGCAUUUCAUAUGGCAUUUGAAUUAUUAAUGAGUGUUCUUAAAGAUUCAUUUGUUCAUGGAAUAUAUUCAUAUGAAAGUAUUAAAUUAUUUAUUGAUUGUGUAUUACCAAUGUAUUGGAGUAUUCGUUCAAGUAGAAAUACUCACCUAUUCUUUUUAAAACCAUUAGUUCCAAUUCAGUUAACAGAAAUAUUUAUUGAACAAGCUUCAAUUAUUGUUCAAUUUCCAAGAAUGUAUAGAACAACUGCUUUUUCUAAAUUAUUUGAAAAUGUUUAUUUAUGUUCAUCAGGAGUUGUAAACCAUUUAGAAGUAUUUAACAGAAUAAAAGAUAAUAAAAAAUAUUCAUUUUUAAUUAAUUUAAUGAAAGAAGCAAAUUGGUCAAAAGAUAUUCAAUCAAAACACAAUGAAAUCAUAUGUAAAAAAAUAAAUGAUAUUGACAAAUUAAUUAACAAAAUUCAAUUAGGUUCUAAAGAAUUAUUUGUGUUUUUAAUUAAUUUAAAAAUACCUUUAUCUAUGAAAGUUUAUGAAAAAUUAGCUUUCUUUGCUUCUCGUCCUAAAAUUUAUUCUUCUCUUAAAGAUUCUUUUCCUAAUUUUCCUCAAAGAGAUUAUUAUUUAUUAUUUGAUUAUUUUAGUUCAUUCUCUCAACCUAUUGGAAAUAAGUAUAAUGACUUAGAUGAUUCUUCUUUUACUUUAUCUAAUUUUAUUUCUAAUUAUUCUCAACUUAUUAGCGAUAUUCCUUUUCUUAGAGAUACUGCUUUUAUGUCUUGUGCUUCUAUUGCCUCUAUUCAAGAAAUUGCAGAAGAUAAAAAAGAAGAAAACAUUGAAAAACAAAUUGAAGAAGAUGAAAUAAAAAUAAAAAAGCAAAUUCUUUUAAAAGAAAGAAAAGAUGAAAAUAAUAAUAUUGAACGAUUAUUUACGUUAUUAUAUUCGAGAAUUGAUACUCGUUAUUAUUCAUUAACUAAAAACUUAAAAAUGCCUUAUAUUAUUUUAUUUCGUUUAAAACAAAAAUUAACUUCUUUAUUAUUACAUUAUAUUUAUUUAUUACCAAUAUAUAAAAAUAAUAAUUUAACUUCUAUUCUUAAUGAAAAACAAUUACUUAUGACAACAUUCUGGCAAUAUAGAACUCCUCCUGUCAAUUCUAUUCAUGAAGUUCUUACUUCUUUAAAUACUUUAGCAAGAGAAUUACCUAUACCUUCAUCUGAUUUAAAUCAAAUUUGUGAUGAACUUUUAACUGGAUUCCUUUCCAAUAAACAACCACUCUAUUUAACGAUUAUUCUUUCUUUAUUAUCUCAUUACGAUAAUGUUAUUUCUGUUGGGAUAGAACAACCAAGAUGUGUGUUAACUUGGGGUCAAUUACCUAUCACUUCUCAUUGGGGAACAAUUAGUGACUCUUUAAUUAAACAUACCCAAUCAUCACUUUUUCAAAUUGACUCAUUUGGAGAUGUAUCGUUUAAUCAAUCAAUAUUACCGAUACUCCAAUCUGAUGAAAAAAUUAGAGAAUUUAUUAAAUUCCUUAUUUUUUUUCAACCUCAUUUUAAUAUCAAACAACAAAAGUUAUUAAUAUCUUUUUAUGCUAAAAUGCAAAAACAACAAUCUUCCAUUCAAAUUUUAAUAAAUUAUGCUUAUUUCUCUUUAUUAUUACUUCAUCCUGUUUGGGAUAAAUCUUUAUUUAAAAUAGAUACCAAAAUUCAAUGUAUUGGAAUUAUUUUGGCAUUCAGUCAUAAUAUCCCUUCUUUAUUAGAAAAUUAUUCUUUAUUAUCUCCUAUUGUUUCUGCUUCUUUAGAAAUUAUUUUUGAUUGUCAUAUAGAAGAUAUUCUUCUAACAAUUGAUGUUAUCAAUCCUCCUUUUAAAAUGUCUUGGAGAAUUGCAAUUACUUUUUUAGUUUCUUUAUUCGAUGCAAUAACAGAAGAUGAUAAACAAGUUCUUAUUGCUAUCUUUGGAAAAAACAUUUUUCCAAAAGACAUUAUUUCUCAAAGAAUGUUCAUAGUCAAAAUAAAACAAACAAUCUUUGAAAAGCUCACUUUUAUUCCAUCGUUUAAUAGUUAA